ACUUUUUUUUUUAUAAAUAAUCUACUAGAACAUGACAAAUACAUCUCUGAUGUAAGAAUUUUUAAAAAUCUAAAUCAAGAAUUUUAAAAACUAAUAGAAAAUUUCGACAAAAUUUCUAUGUAAUUUAUAAUUUUCAAGCCAAAACAAGCGAAAAGAUCCAAAACACAGUGCGUUUGCAUUCCUUCUAAAUCUUGAUAAAAACAUAUUAUCUUAUAUAUAUAUAUCAUAUUCUUUCCUCUGGCGUCAUAUUAAUUACUAGGUAAAAUGAAAACGUGAACACCGGUUUCUUGUGUUUAUAUUAUACGACGUCCAUCCCACGUGUUUGGUUAUCAAAAUGGAUGGCCAUUCUUUAUUCCGACUCCUCGGAGUUGGUGCGAAAUUUGACUUAAAGCGCUUUAAGUCUGAUGCUCAGAAACUUAAGUUAAUUAAGACGGAUGUAAAAGAAACCAAACUUGAAACUGAUUCUACUUUAUUAGAAGAAGCCUCUACCACCAGUACAGAAUUGUCAAAGAAAAAAAGAUCUAGAAAAGUUGAAGAGCUUGAUGAGGAAGAUGAAGGUGACAUUAUUUUUUAUAAACAGAAGAAAGUACAAAAAACAGAACCUGAUAAAGAAAAUUCUGUGAAGAAAAUAACUAAAAAUAAAGACUCAUUGGAAACUCUGAUUCGCAAGAAAAAUAAAAUCCAUGUCCAUGGUUUUGAUGCCCCACCACCAGUAACAGAUUUUGAGCAACUGAAAAACUUCAGCAUCCAUCCAAGACUCUUGGAGAAUGCGAAGAAAGUUGAAUACACCAAACCUACUCCCAUUCAAAUGCAAGCAAUACCAGUGAUGAUGCGUAGACGAGAGAUUAUGGCAUGUGCCCCAACUGGUUCUGGUAAAACAGCAGCAUUUGCAUUGCCUGUUUUGAACUAUCUUAAAGAACCAAGAAAUUGUGGUAUAAGAUCUGUGAUACUAGCCCCUACUCGAGAACUGUCCAAUCAGAUAUACCAGGAAAUGCAACGCCUAUCUGAGGGACUUGGACUGCGAAUUUAUUACAUAAAAAAAGCUAACCUAAAGAAAAUUGGACCAAAGACAUUCAGCAAGAAAGAUAUUUUGGUGACAACCCCUCAAAGACUUGUUUUUGUCCUUUCUCAGGAACCAAAAAUCCUCUCUCUAAGCAGUGUUGAAUGGCUUAUCAUAGAUGAAUCUGACAAAUUGUUUGAAGAUGGUAAAACAGGAUUCCGCGACCAGCUUGGUGUUAUCUACAAAGCAUGUGACUCUCCAAAUAUCCGUAGAGCCAUGUUUAGUGCUACUUUUGCCCAUGAUGUUGAACAGUGGUGUAAGAAGAGUCUAAAUGAUGUGAUACAGGUCUACAUUGGUGGCAAGAACACUGCUACAGAAACAGUUGAACAACAACUGAUGUUUGUUGGGUCUGAAAGUGGCAAGCUCUUUGCUUUGAGGGAUAUAGUGCAAAAGGGUAUUGAACCUCCAGUUUUAAUAUUUGUGCAAUCCCAGGAACGUGCAACAGAGUUAUUUCAAGAAUUGAUUUAUGAUGGCAUAAAUGUUGAUGUUAUACAUGCUGGUCGUUCACAGGCUCAGAGAGAAAAUGUUGUAUCAAGUUUCCGUGAAGGCAAAAUAUGGGUUCUUAUUUGUACUGAGCUCAUGGGACGAGGUAUCGAUUUCAAAGGUGUAAACCUGGUAGUCAAUUAUGAUUUUCCAACCAGUGCCAUUAGUUAUAUUCACAGAAUUGGUCGUACUGGACGUGCUGGAAGACAAGGCAAGGCUAUUACAUUCUUUGUUGAAGACGAUGUUGAGUAUUUGCGAAGUAUUGCCACUGUUAUGCAUGGUGCUGGUUGUCCUGUUCCAGAGUAUAUGUUGAAACUAAAACGUCCUAGCAAGAAAGACCGCAGAAAAAUGGCUCAGAAAAAUCCCAAGCGAAAAAGCAUUUCUACUUCCCUUAGAGAAAAUAAAAAGAAAUUAAAAAGGAACAAAAAUAAUUCUAAUUUACCAAACGGAAUUUCAAAAACAAAGUUGAAAGCUUCAAGAGAGUUCCCUGGGAAAAAGAAAAGAGUUUCAAAGGAGUUUCCUGGAAAACGAAAGAAAGUUCCAAAGAAAUCAUCUAAUAAAUAAAAUAGUUUCAGAUUUUA